AUGUUGAAGGACCAGGACAUGCAGAGCCCACGGCCAGGUCUCCUGCUCCUGUGUGUGGCCUGGCUAGCAGGGGCCUCGGUUGACGCUCAGCCCUCUUCCAUAGAAAUACUCAAUCGGAUGUCUCCUCUGGUCUCUGGACACAAGGCCACCCUGGACUGCAAGGUUUCAGGGUUCUACCCUGGGAACCCCUCAGUGUUAUGGUUCUGCAGGGAGACUCCAGUAUUGCCUGGCAGCAUCACCAACAGCAUCAGCAGAAACAAUGAGGGCACUUUCUCCCUGCACAGUCAGUAUAGCUUCAGCCCCGAGGUGAAGGAUCACAACGCUGUGUGCGUCUGUCAGGCCUCUCACCCUGCCUGGAGACACACACACAGAACCAGCACCACCCUCACGGUCCACUAUGGGCCAGAGGCUGUGACUGUGAGCACAGACUCAGCGGUUGUGGCUAACGGCUCAGUACUUGUAACAAACGGCUUCACCCUGAACCUGAUAUGUGUUGCUGACGGGAACCCCAGGCCUGAGACCCGGUGGCUGGGGGGAAGCAUUAAAGGAGUGCGCCAUACAGAGACCCUUCACAUCCCUGCAGUGCAGAGGGAAGAUGAGGGCCUUUAUUGGUGUGUGGCACAGAACCCGUAUGGACAGCAGAACACCAGCAUCACACUGUGGGUGUCUGACAGCAGCCCAGCCCACCCUGAUGGAAAUACAGCGCUCUGCGGCCUGGUUCUGAUUCCGUUAGCCUGGGUUUGGGCCAUAGUCAUCAUCUAUCUGCUGAAGAGAGGAGGGAGUAAGACCAGCGCACUCACAGACCAAACAACUGUCGUCUACACUGUGCAGAAGACCCAGGAAGUGAUGCGCCCAACCACCCAAAGAACAGAGUGAGGCCAUGGAAGAGGGUACAGGACAGGAUCUACCACCAUGGAGCUGCCCAAAUAAGGCCUACAUAAAACCAGGGGCUCCCAGCUAUCCUCAAUGCCAUUUAUAUAUACAUGUAUGCAUGCAUGUCAAUUUACAGUUUUUUUACAGUCGUUUUCACACUUGUCUCAAUACCAUGUCCACUUUUUCUAAACUCUUCACAGUGUGCUUUUGAAACACGCACCUGAGCACAUCAGUUAACCUUUGGUGCAAAAUGCACUUCAACCACCAAAACACUUAUACUUAUACAAACACAUACUUCACCCAAAGGUGACUCAUGCUGCUAUAACUAUAGCAUAUGCUUUCUCCCAUAAGACUACGUUGUCACUCAAUGUUCAAUGAACUACAAAACACAAACAACUUGGAGCAUUGCUAAAUACAUAUAUUAUGUGUUUCCCUUUCCUCUAUUUUUGCAUCCACAAAUAUUUCAAACCAAGCUAAAGAACAUCAAUGACUGUGGCACUGAUUUCAUCAGACACAACUGUUCUUGCUUUUCCACGACGACUUCUUCCUCUGCCUCUUGCUGCAUCCAUUUUCCCCACCUAGGCUAAAGAAUGCAAAUGCCAAUCCAAAGAUGGCCCCUUUUGUAUGUGUGGUAACGGGGCAGAAACAAAAAAGACCUGGGUAGGUUGUUUGCUGAAAUGACAGCCAAGUGUUUCGGCAAUACAUAUACAGCAGUAAUAGCGGAAAAAUCUCUUCAGUGACAACUACAUCUAUAUUUACCCUGUAUACAUGCACAUUUCAAUGCAAGUAUGAUCACUUUUGUAUAGGUAA